UGGUUUUGCCAGAUGGCACGUAUUUCUGGAUGUUUUGUUGGUCCUGUAACUUUUUUUUGUAGUGUGCAACCAUCCAGUACACCCCAGCAACCAUUUACAAUACCACAGCAACCAUGUUACCAUGUUAAAAAUACAACACCCAACAAAUGUGCAAAAGACUUCUCCAAAACUGUAUAGCAGUCAUUGUGGUGGUGACAUAAAGUCAUAGCAUUAUGAAACCAUGGUAAUAUUUUGAGAAUAAUGUCAAAACAAUGAGAAUGUAGCAUAACCACUAAAGUUCCUCAUGGUUUCACUACAGCAACCAUAGUUUUUAUCAAUAAAACCACCAUAACCAUACAUUUGUCAAAGUCUGCUUUAUUGUCAAAUCUGCCACAUACAGUACAUACAUAUAGAGGAUUGAAAUUGCGUUACUCUCAGACCCAUGGUGCAUACAAAUAACACUACACAGAAUAAAAAUAUACUGUAUAUAAAAAAUACAGAUUAUAUGUCAAAUACAACUAUUACAAGACGGGAUAUUUAAAAAAAAGAAUGGCAGAUAGAGUGCAAACCAGUGAAAUAUACAACAGUGCAGAUGUAAGGUAGUGCAAAGAGCUUAUUUACAUGUACUAUAGUAUAACCAUGGUUCAUUUUCAUAAAUGGGUCACAAGGGUAGACCCUUAUAUUGCAACAGUCUAAUGUUGUGCAUUACUUCCCCAACACAUGCGGCAAGAUGAACAUGUGAUAAAGAAGUCAAAAGUUUCAAAAACAUUCACUUCCUCCCAGUGAUUCAGUGCUCUCAGAACACAGAUCUCAAGCCGCAACCACACACUCCAGAACACACGCCUGUUCCGAAACAGGACUUUAAACCACUGUGAAAUCUAAAGCAACACAUGUGCACACGUAUGCAUAUCUCAGGUCUAGUUUGUGGUUUGUGGCAAAACCUUUCUCUGCAAGUUUAAAGGACAUAAGGAAGACACUCUGAGGUGAUGAACGUCCACUUUUUAGUAGGGACUCAGAAACCGAAAUACUCCCAUAGGCUAAAGCAUAAAGACACAGCAUGCCAAAGGGCCCAAUGGCAAGAUGCAUAAACAGGCACCACAUUCUUCUCAUGUUCUUCCUCACCAUCAACUUAAUCUACAGUUGGUUGUUUGUGUCUAAUAAGCAAUAUCACAAUGCCACCGCCAAGUACCUCAAUAGAAGCAUCACGAUCCUCUUUUGGCACUGGCCAUAUGGCAUCCACUACAACCUGACAGGAGAUGUAUGCCUAAAUGACUAUGGCAUCCCCAGAUGUGUUUUAGUAGACAAUCGUUCACUCUUUGAGAAUGCUGACCUGGUGGUCUUUCAUCACGAUGAGCUGAGGAAGCAAAAAGUCCACCUGCCUGUUGAUCACCCUCGGCCCGCCUCUCAGAGGUGGGUGUGGCUCUCUUUGGAAGCGCUGCCAAAUACAGCGAACUUGAAAGCGUUCAAAAACCUCUUUAACCUCACCAUGUCAUAUCACCCGCAAGCUGACAUCACUGUGCCCUAUGGGAAGUUGAUACCCAAGGAGAAACCAAUUCGAGACUUUGUUAUCCCAAUAAACAAGUGUCACGAAGCUUGUUGGGUGGUAAGCAACUACCAAAAAAGACACAGGAGGAGUGCCGUGUUCCAAGAGCUGAAGAAAACUCUUAAUGUUCAGGUGUAUGGACGUUUCACCAGGAAGCCGCUAUCAAAGGAGGCCUUGCUCCCGACGAUUUCACGCUGUUAUUUCUAUCUGGCCUUUGAAAACAUAGAGUCUCCUCACUAUAUAACCGAGAAACUUUGGAAAAAUGCAUUUCAGUCAGGGACUGUGCCUGUGGUGCUAGGCCCGCCACGAAAAGAUUACGAGGCGGUCGCACCUCCUAAAUCCUUUAUCCAUGUGGAUGACUUUAAUUCUACAAAGGACCUGGCUAUGUAUCUCAGAAGCCUGAUUAAAGAUCCGGAAAAGUAUAAUGUAUAUUUUACCUGGAGACAAAAUUACACAGUCAAGCUAUAUACAGAUUGGAGAGAAAGACUUUGCAAUAUCUGUCCCUUAUAUGGACGAUUUCCAGCUCAAAAGAUUUAUUAGGAUUUGAGAACUUGGAGAAUGUGGUAGAAUAACGGGUAGUGCACAUUUAACUUGUGUUGUUUACCUUUAGGCAGAGCUGGGUAGUAACUGAUUACUUCAGUAUUCAUUUACAUAUAAUCAGAUUCCAAAAAUCAAGUACUUGUAAUUCAGUACCGCUACAUUGUAAAAUACUCGUAAUCAGAGUACAGUUACUAUUUUAUUGUUACAGAUUACAUUACAUAGAUUACAUUACAUAUUACUUUUACUUUUUUUGUAAGCCUACCACUUUAACUGUUAAGACAACCAACCCACGAUAGCAAGUCUGACAUGUUUUUGUUUACAAGCAUUUAUGUUCGCUAUGUAUUGUUUAAGAACAGUGUUAAUCUUCGCAAUAGCAACAAUAAUACUAUGAUUUGCGCGAUUAGUGCAAAUCACAACAUUCAUUGCGAAACUGCAUUAGUCAUAAAUCCAAAAAGAUUUGUGCUGCUGAAUUGUCCAUGCACAGCAUUCUCAAUAUAUGAUCGAUUUUCAAAUUUUUGUUCACAAAGGUAAUACUUGUGAAAAAUAUUGACAUUUCCAUUGUUUAAUUAAGAUUUUGUUUAAAAUAAUCCCAAACACAGGUGGGUGAUAAAUUUAAUCUUUCACAAUUUGAUUUUGUUGUUUUGCGACUGUGUGUACCCGUCAUUUGUAAUCCAGUCUUUCUGUUGUGAACAUUUAUAUUUUCUAUUAGCAAACUGUUAUUAAUGUGGCUAUAAUAUAUGCAGGUAUUUAUGAUUCUAAAUUAUGCUGACAAAAGUUUAUGGUUUAGAUUAUAAUAUUAUUGUCAGAUUGCCGUCUGAAUACUUUUUGUUUUGCCCAUCAUGAAUAUUACACCCAUUUACGUUGAUUUGGUAUCUACACUUGAUAUUUACUAGGGCUGGGUUUUGCGACCAAAUUGGCGAUUCGAUUCGAUUCUUAUUUAUGUGGUUUCAAUUCGAUUCAACGUCGAUUAGUUAUCAGUACUUAGAUUAAAAUGCUGGUUUUGCAGACAUGGAAUCUAUAUUUAAAUAGAUACACUGGUAACUAAACCCUCCUAUUCAGCUUUAACAAAACCCACACAAUUAUGUUUGGAAUUACUUUUUAUUUUUACUUUGUGUAACCAAACAAGUAACCAACAUUUUUGUUUUUUAUUUUUAUUUUAACAGUUAAAUUCAUAACAACAUGAAACUAAAAUAAAACAGAUUUCAACGUUCAAAACAGGCCCAUAAAUAUCAACGCAAGUGAUGGCGACAUCUUUAGGACGAGAGGCGAACUACAGAUAUUCAAAUCCUUGUAGUAAAGCACACGCAUAGAUUCCGAGAAUUCCAGAAUCGAUAUCGUUUAGUUAAAAUUAAGAUCAAUUAAAAUCGAAGAAUCUAUUUUUUUUAACCAGUCCUAAUAUGUACACUGUAAGGGUUUUUUCUAUUCUUUAACUAUUUUUAUUUUAACUACAUGUGCUGUUGUAUUGCAGUAAUUUAGUAUAAAGGCAUUUUAUUAACUUCUAAUACUUCAUGUACUUUUAUAAUUU